GGUUCCGUAGCCUCCCAAACCCCCUCCUCCUCUCUCUCUCGGCAUCGAUCCAUCGCGUCAUCAGAAGCGAGAAGAAAAGCAUCGAAGGGUAGCCAUGUCCAACGUGCCCACCUCCCUCCGCGACUCGUCGCUCACCGUGUUCCGCCUCGCAAUCUCCAGCUCCGACCCCUGGCCCUUUUCUCUCUAACCCAAACACCCCUUCUUAAUUCGAUCCCCUUCUUCGAUCUCCAAUCCAACAAAACCAAAUUAACCAAAGCCUUCGUCGAUCUUUGCUUAAUUCCGAUGCCGAUGCACAUGAAGCAGCAGCAGCACAAGGUGUCCGGCGGCGGAGGAGGAGGAGCCAUGGCCGGGACGGUGGCGCCCAAGGGGUGCGUGACUGUGCGGGUGGGCGCGGAGGGGGAGGAGCAGCGGCGGUUCGCCGUGCCGCUGGGCCACCUGAAGCACCCGCUCUUCGGGGAGCUGCUGGAGGAGGCCGAGCGCGAGUACGGCUUCAGGCACCAGGGCGCCAUCGCCAUCCCCUGCCGCGUCGACCGCUUCGUCCACGUCGAGCACCUCAUCGACCGCGACCUCGGCCCCGCCGCGCACCAACACCUCGUCGACCUCGACAACUGCGCCGCCGCCUCCUCCAACGGCCACGGCCACAGCCACCACCACCUGCCGCGCUUCGUCGGCUGCUUCCGCGCCUGAUCGACCAUCGGGCGCUGAUUUCACGGUCGAUCCCCAUCUUUCUGUUUUUUUUUUCCUCUUUAGGGCGGGCUGUCUGGUUGGUUGGUCAAGUAGUAGUUCUUGCUGGUUUGUUGUUUCGCCGUCCGUCUGUUCUCGCCGGCCGUCGGUAUGUCUCGGGUGUAUGCUAGUAUUGGUUUAAUUUGUGCUGGGAGAAAAAGAAAACGCAGGACGAUCUCGACCGAUCGAUGUUGAUGAUGAUGAUAAAUUUAGAUCUCAAGUGUAAAGAUAGGAGAAUAUUGUUAGCUUAAAUCUUACUACUGUACUAGCUAGCAGUCUUCUGUUCUUGUGUGAAUGUGCUUUGAUGCUUUCCGCAGAAAAAGCGGCUGUGUUUGUGCGAA